AGCGUUUGAGAGAGAGCGAGAGAGUGCAAAGAGAGCGGCGAAGGAGAAAGAAAAUAAUCUCGUGGCAAAACGGCGAAUAAGUUCACAAACAAAAUUUACUUGAUUUGAGAACGUUGUGCGUCUUUCCGUCUUUUCAAGCGGGCGCCAAACUCACUAAGGCAAAUUCACAAACAAAAAAUACAUUAAAACACAGUUUUAAAAAAAAAAAAACUUAGUUGUGUAACUGAGAACUAGGCUCCCUGGAAGAGGUGAAAACAACAAACAGAACCACAUCUAGAGAGGGACCUGACAUCAUCGUUUAAUUGUUGCAUCCAUUGUUUGUUCGUCCUUGCCAUAUAUCAGAGCAAAGCUCCUUUGGAGGAUAUCCCCUAAAAAGAGAGCGUCACUCCUCUCGCACCUCACCAAUUUCCACCACCCAUCAAGAUAACCCAUUGAAAUCGGACAUCGGACAAAGAAAAACAAGCGGCAAGAUGUUCAUCGAAGACGAUGCGCAAAUGGACAGCUUCUGGGUGCAGAGCGCAAUUGGCGCGAUCAAGGCGAUCGCCUUCAUGUACGACAUCAUCACGCUCCCUGUGUACCUGGUUAUGCAGAAGCCCUGGAAACGCCGGCAGGACUCUCGUCGAGUAAAGGCAAAGAUCGUGAAGAACGAUGACAAUGAGCUGACCUACCGGACUACGGAUCCACCGCGUGAUGUCCACGUGAAGAUGUUGCAGGAGAACAUUGACACGCUGGAGAAGGUCUUCAAUUAUGUGGCCAAGACGUACACGUCGAAGCGCUGUCUGGGCACGCGCCAAAUCCUCAGCGAGGAGGAUGAGGUGCAGCAGAACGGACGUGUCUUCAAGAAGUACAACCUGGGUGACUACAAGUGGAAGACUUUCACCGAGACGGAGCGCACGGCGGCCAACUUCGGACGCGGUCUGCGAGAACUGGGACAGAAGCCGCGCGAGAAUAUCGUCAUCUUUGCCGAGACGCGGGCCGAGUGGAUGAUGGCCGCCCACGGAUGCUUCAAACAGGCUAUGCCAAUUGUCACCGUCUAUGCCACACUAGGCGACGAUGGAGUCGCCCACUGCAUCACCGAAACGGAAGUCACCACGGUUAUCACCUCGCACGAUCUGCUGCCCAAGUUCAAGACUCUGCUGGACAAGUGCCCGCUGGUGAAGAACAUUAUCUACAUCGAGGAUCAGCUGCAAAAGACGGAAACCACUGGCUUCAAGGACGGCGUCAAGAUCUUGCCCUUCAGCCAGGUUGUCAAGACCGGACAGGAAAGCAAAUUCGAGAACGUGCCACCCAAGGGCGAUGAUAUUGCCAUCAUCAUGUACACUUCAGGCUCCACCGGCACACCAAAGGGCGUCCUUCUGUCCCACAAGAACUGCAUUGCCACGAUGAAGGGCUUCGUUGACAUGGUUCCCAUCUAUCCGGAUGAUGUUCUGAUCGGAUUCCUGCCCCUGGCGCACGUUUUUGAACUGGUUGCUGAGAGUGUGUGCCUGAUGACUGGCGUGCCCAUCGGCUACUCGACCCCGUUGACCCUGAUCGACACCAGCAGCAAGAUAAAACGUGGAUGCAAGGGUGACGCCACCGUGCUGAAGCCCACCUGCAUGACUUCGGUGCCGCUGAUACUCGAUCGCAUCUCCAAGGGUAUUAACGACAAGGUCAACUCGGGCUCGGCGUUCAGGAAAUCGCUCUUUAAAUUCCUUUACCAGUACAAAGUCAAGUGGGUGCAACGUGGCUACAAGACGCCGCUAAUAGACAAAUUGGUCUUCAAGAAGGUGGCAAAGCUGAUGGGCGGCAAGGUGCGCAUCAUUAUGUCCGGUGGAGCGCCUUUGUCCUCAGACACCCAUGAGCAAAUCAAGACCUGUCUGUGCUUAGAGCUGAUCCAGGGCUAUGGCCUCACGGAAACCACGUCCGGCGCCACAGUAAUGGAUUAUCGCGAUAUGACAUAUGGACGCACUGGAGGACCCCUGACUGUAUGCGACAUCCGUCUGGUCAACUGGGAAGAGGGCAACUACCGCGUGACAAACAAGCCUUAUCCUCAGGGCGAGGUGCUGAUUGGCGGCGAUUGUGUCUCCCAGGGCUACUACAAGUUGCCCGGAAAGACAAGCGAAGAUUUCUUCGAGGAGGACGGACGAAGAUGGUUUAAGACCGGCGACAUUGGCGAAGUCCAAGCUGAUGGCGUACUUAAGAUUAUUGAUCGCAAGAAAGAUCUGGUUAAGCUGCAGGCCGGCGAAUAUGUCUCUCUGGGCAAGGUUGAAUCUGAGUUGAAGACGUGUGGAAUUAUUGAGAACAUUUGCGUAUAUGGAGACCCCACUAAGCAAUUCACCGUGGCGCUGGUCGUGCCGAACCAGAAGCAUUUGGAGGAGCUGGCCGAAAAACAUGGACUGGGAGACAAGACCUACGAAGAGCUGUGCUCAUCGCCCGUCAUUGAGAAGGCUAUACUCAAGGAGAUUGCCGAACAUGCGCGGAAAUGCAAAUUGCAAAAGUUUGAGGUGCCCGCCGCCAUCACAUUGUGCAAGGAAGUCUGGUCUCCCGACAUGGGACUGGUGACGGCUGCCUUCAAGCUGAAGCGCAAGGAUAUCCAGGACAGAUAUCAGCAUGAUAUUAACCGCAUGUACGCCUCAUGAAAGUCAAUGUACUAAGCCAGGAGUAGCAGAUGCAGCAACGACAACAACACGGAGACAACUACAUUAGUGGAGCAGCAGCAAUGAAGCUAGUGUGUACUAAUGGCGAUUUAGUAGCACCUUACACGGCAUUUGCAUGCAUACCAAAUCCAAAACCAAACUAGCCUAAGUCCUAAAAGAUCUGAAAGCCGAGCAAAACAUUCGAGAAAACAUUGUGCAUGUAAAGACAGAAUGUUCUCAUUUACCAAUUGUUUGCCAGAAUUUUGAAAAUUACUCGUUUCUCAUCCUAAUAAAUAAAGUUUGUUGAAGUUUUGUUGAUAGACAGCUGCAGCUGGGUUUGGUUUGGAAGUGCGCUGUGUAUGUGCUUAGAAUGCUGUUGAUCAGAUUGACAAUGAUAAAGAUAAUGAGAAUGAAUAUUGUAUACUGUACAGUUUUCGGUUUUUAGUACAUUUUGUGGCAAAUGAAUAUUGCAUAAACAAUACUUAUUUUUAUAGUAAGCUUAAGUGGUUGCCUAUUAAUUAUGUACAUACGAUAUAUACACACAAAUAUAUAAAUGAAUAUAUGUGUAUAAUUUAUAUAAUAUUUAGUGUACUUCUCUAUGCUAAGUUUAAUGUAUGGAAAUCUUGAAGGAAUGAAAUGUUGAAAUCUGAAAAGAAAGCGACUUGAUUAUGAAUUAAAAGCACGAACUAAGAAGUGAAAAA